ACCAGGACCAGGACCAAAGCCAGAACUAGAACCAGGACCAGAGCCAGGACUAGAACCAGGACCAGAGCCAGGACUGGAGCAAGGGCCAGGCAAAAAACAAGAACCUGAACCAGAACUCAUCAUGGAAAAAGUGGUCCUCCUGCUGUCCAUGCUGUCUCUUGGUGUCUUGAGUCAGCCAAUCACAGAUGGCCAGCGUUUGUUCUCCAUCGCCGUGAGCAGAGUUCAACACCUCCACCUGCUGGCCCAGAGACUCUUCUCUGAAUUUGAGAGCUCUCUACAGGCCGAGGAGCAACGACAGCUCAAUAAAAUCUUCCUGCAGGAUUUCUGUAACUCUGAUUACAUCAUCAGCCCCAUCGACAAACACGAGACGCAGCGCAGCUCUGUCCUGAAGUUGUUGUCUAUCUCCUAUCGAUUGGUUGAGUCUUGGGAGUUCCCCAGUCGUUCUCUGUCUGUAAGUUCUGCUCCCAGGAACCAGGUUUCCCGCUCGCUGACUGAUCUGAAGACAGGAAUCUUGUUGCUCAUCAGGGCCACACAGGACGGAGCAGAGCUCUUACCCGAUAGUUCCGCCCUCCAGCUGGCGCCAUACGGGAACUAUUACCAGAGCCUGGGACCUGACGAAUCCCUGAGGCGGACCUAUGAACUGUUGGCCUGUUUCAAGAAGGACAUGCACAAGGUGGAGACCUACCUGACCGUGGCUAAAUGUCGACUCUCUCCAGAAGCCAACUGUACCUUGUAGCUGGGACCCAUAUAGUGUAGCUACACCCAUUUUGAUGAUGUUAUAUUUGUUGUCUUAAGCUCCGCCUCCAUUCUGUCUUUCUUUGCUAACAAGCAUUAAGAUUAGCUUUACUGCUGUCAGUGUUUAAAUGAAUGUGUUUGGAUGCUAAAAUAUGAGGGUGUGAUGUCACAAUGACAGGACAAAGUGAUGUCAGGUUGUUUGAUAAAUAAAGUUUGUGCUGUGCUGCAUUCA